CAUUAUGAUUUUUAUGCGUCAACUUAAUUAAAUAAUUAUCUCUUAUCUAAACCUAAUUAACGUGUCUUCCAUAACGAAUCUUAAACCUAUAUAAUAUGCGUCAGUUCAUUGUACAAAACACGACAAGCAACGUCCGAUUUUUCAACUUAUAAUUUUAAAUCGAUUACUAGUCUUGUUGAAGAAUAUUGUACAGGAAUCGCGUACACAUAUAUAAAUAAUAUACAUGUAUAAUAAACACAACAACAUAUUUUGCCGAUACGUCAGCUCCGUCAGAGCCGCACCGCAUCAAACAUGUCAUCGUUUUGUCUGAACUCCGUGAUCUUAAUGACCGUGACCAUGGUUAUGGUGGCACACGUCGCAUUCACCGGGUGCGCCGCCUCUGAUGACAGACCGGGCAUGAGUAACAUUCGUCCGGCCGAGAGAGACGUCGACUACAACGAAAAAAACUCCGACAGCGACGAAGGGUUUUUUUUCAGUUUGACAAAUUUUUUCAGACGCAGUAAACACGACAAAGAUGACGACAAACCGGAUUUCAUCACCACUUUCGACUUGAUCAGGCUUUUGGACGAGAAAUACGCUAUGAAGCAAUUCUAUUGCGUCAUUAACGAGGAUCCGUGUGACUCCGUCGGAAUGAGGCUCAAAGCUACUAUACCCGAAGAAAUAAACAGGGAUUGCGAACGCUGUACCGCAACAGAGACCAGCAAUAUCCGACGAAUUUUGAAUUACGUGAAGAAACACUAUCCAGAAUUUUGGGAGCGUGUUGAACCAAUUUAUAGAGAUAACAUGACUGUUUAAACUGCUAAUAUCGUUAAAAUACAAUAAAAUUAUAAUUAGUAACAGCAUAAAUAACGACACAUUUUUCAUAAAUAAUUAAUAUUUAUUUUAACAGAAACAUUUAUUAUAUUAUCUAAUUUUUAUAAGCAUAUAAUUACAUUAUAUUAAAAUACCUUAAGUAGUCAGAAAUACAUUAUUUGUUUUGUA